AUGGCACAUAAAUGUGAUGUUGGCGGUUGUCCAAACCGAUCGGACACGAUUAUUCAUUACAUGUUACCAGAGGAUCCGAAAAGACGCAGCGUGUGGAUGAAGUUUAUGGAAGACAGUAAACCAAAUGGAGAAAGCGUGUCGUCUUCAUCUCGGGUGUGCGGUGAACAUUUCUCUGAGGAGUGCUAUUUUAAACUGGAUCUGGGUUACACCACAUGCAAAAUAUUAGGCAUAGAUGCUGUGCCCACGAUCUUCUGUGUAAAUCGAGCAUUUGAGACUCCAAACAAUAUACAGAAUGAGGAAACAGAUAACACGUGCACAAUCACCAUUUCUGAGACCAUUUCACUUGCCUGCGUCAAAGACGAACCUUUUGAAUAUGAUUUAAAUGACAGCAUAUCAUUCCAAGAAGAUCUAAACUCCUCACUGGAUGAUAGUUUUAAACCUGAGGAAAGUGAGCUGGCUAUUACUGAAGACAUGGACAUAGAGGAAGGCGACCAAGGCCAAGAUAUGAAGGGAAAUAAAGGCACUUCAACUGUAAUUGUUGAGAUUAGAGAAGGUGUUAAGGUCAAGUUUUUCAGUUGUUUGACUUGUGGGGAGAGGUUUAGUAGUAAACGUACCCUUAUGAAGCAUCAACGGGCAAGUCACCCGAGGCAAAAAGAUGAAUCAGAAGUUAAAGAGACGAUUUUUGUUUGUACAACUUGUGGGGAGAAAUUUCCUAAAAUGCGUUUCCUAAUGCAACACAGAGCCGUACACAAUGAUAACACUACUGAUAAAAGGUACAAGUGCCAGCAAUGUGAGAAGAGUUUUUCCUGGGAGUCUUCUUGGAAAGCUCACCUGAAAGUUCACGAGUUUGGAGAGUCCAUAUUGCCACACGCUUGCCAUUUAUGUCCCAGACGCUUCGGCUACAAAGUGGCUCUUGCGGCACACGUGAAAUUUCACUCUGGAAAAAUUGCGAGCGCAUGCCCCAUGUGCGAAAAGAGCUUUCCAACCAGAAGUUUACUCGGUCAGCACAUCAAAACAUCCCAUGCUCGGAAAAAAGUCACGUGUAAGACUUGCAAUAUCACUUUCUCCAAAGUCAAAACCUAUAUCAAACACUUGAACAAACAUAAUGUGGAAGAGGCCGAUAUGGAGAUUUCGGAGGCUGAAAUAAAUGUUCUGGCUGAGAGUGCAACAGAUCUAUCAGCAGUAGAAUCAGCAGCAGAUCCAAUGGUGAUAGAAUCUGUGACGGAUCAAUCGGAGAUAGAAUUAGUGGUAGAAUCAGCAGCAGAUCAUUCUGCGGUAGAAUCAGCAGCAGGUCCAAUGCUCGUAGAAUCAGUGACUGAUCCAUCGGAAAUAGAAAUAGUGGUAGAAUCAGCAGCAGAUCCUUCGGCGGUAGAAUCAGCAGCAGAUCCUUUGGUGGUAGAAUCAGCAGCAGAUCCUUUGGCGGUAGAAUCAGCAGCAGAUCAUUCGGCGGUAGAAUCAGCAGCAGAUCCAAUGGUGGUAGAAUCAGUGACGGAUCCAUCGGAAAUAGUAUCAGUGGUAGAAUCAGCAGCAGAUCAGUCGGCAGCAGAAUCAGCAGCAGAUCCAUCAGCGGCAGAAUCAGUAGCAGAAUCAGCAGCAGAUCCAUCAGCAGUAGAAUCAGCAGCAGACCUAUUGGGGGCAGAUCUAUCGAUGGUAGAAUCAGCAGCAGAUCCAUUGGGGGCAGAUCCAUUGACGGUAGAAUCAGCAGCAGAUCCAUCAAUAACAGAUCCAUCGAUGGUAGAAUCAGCAGCAUAUCCAUUAACAGUAAAAACAUCAGGAGAUCAAUCAGCAGCAGAUCAAUCAAUAGCAGAUCCAUCGAUGAUAGAAUCAGCAGCAGAUCCAUCAAUAACAGAUCCAUCAAUGGUAUCAGCAGAAGAUCCAUUUACGGUAGAAUCAGCAGCUGAUCCAUCAAUAACAGAUCCACUGACAGUAGAAUCAGCAGCAGAUCCAUCAAAAACAGAUCCAUCGAUGGUAGAAUCAGCAGCUGAUCCAUUAACAGUAAAAACAUCAGGAGAUCAAUCAGCAGCAGAUCAAUCAAUAGCAGAUCCAUCGAUGAUAGAAUCAGCAGCGGAUCCAACAAUAACAGAUCCAUCGAUGAUAGAAUCAGCAGCAGAUCCAUCGAUGAUAAAAUCAGCAGCAGAUCCAUCGAUGAUAGAAUCAGCAGCCGAUCCAUCGAUGAUAGAAUCAGCAGCCGAUCCAUCGAUGAUAGAAUCAGCAGCAGAUCCAUCGAUGAUAGAAUCAGCAGCAGAUCCAUCGAUGAUAGAAUCAGCAGCAGAUCCAUCGAUGAUAGAAUCAGCAGCAGAUCCAUCGAUGAUAGAAUCAGCAGCAGAUCCAACAAUAGCAGAUCCAUCGAUGAUAGAAUCAGCAGCAGAUCCAACAAUAACAGAUACAUCGAUGAUAGAAUCAGCAGCAGAUCCAACAAUAACAGAUCCAUCGAUGAUAGAAUCAGCAGCAGAUCCAUCGAUGAUAGAAUCAGCAGCAGAUCCAACAAUAGCAGAUCCAUCGAUGAUAGAAUCAGCAGCAGAUCCAUCAACAAUGAUAGAAUCAGCAGCAGAUCCAUCAAUGAUAGAAUCAGCAGCAGAUCCAUCAAUGUUAGAAUCAGCAGCAGAUCCAUCAAUAGCAGAUCCAUCGAUGAUAGAAUCAACAGCAGAUCCAUCGAUGAUAGAAUCAGCAGCAGAUCCAUCGAUGACAGAAUCAGCAGCAGAUCCAUCAAUGACAGAAUCAGCAGCAGAUCCAUCGAUGACAGAAUCAGCAGCAGAUCCAUCAAUGAUAGAAUCAGCAGCAGAUCCAUCAAUGAUAGAAUCAGCAGCAGAUCCAUCGAUGUUAGAAUCAGCAGCAGACCCAUCAAUAGCAGAUCCAUCGAUGACAGAAUCAGCAGCAGAUCCAUCGAUGAUAAAAUCAGCAGCAGAUCCAUCAAUGAUAGAAUCAGCAGCAGAUCCAUCGAUGGUAGAAUCAGCAGCAAAUCCAUCAAUAGCAGAUCCAUCGAUGAUAGAAUCAGCAGCAGAUCCAUCAAUUGUAGAAUCAACAGCAGAUCCAUCGAUGAUAGAAUCAGCAGCAGAUCCUUCAAUAUCAGAUCUAUCGAUAAAAGAAUACGCAAGAGAUCCAUCGAUGGUAGAAUCAGCAGCAGCAGAAUCAUCAAUUGUAGAAUCAGCAGCAGAUCCAACAGUACUUGAGGUUGCGGAGUCUGAAGAGGCACAGAGUGUUCUGGAAAAGGAACUUACCCAAGAUAAUCAUGAAGAGGAAAAAAGCAAGGAUCAUGCUUUCACACAAUAAGGGAUAUCAGUCGUCCACUUGUGGCUUUCAUAACAUUUCUUUUUCAACGUACUGUAUGAUAGAUUAUAGUGGCUUGCAUGUAGUUUGAGCUUUAUUUUUUCAUUUGAAAAUUGAUUUUCUUUAGUCAGGUUUGUAGUUAAGGACCUAAUCUAAUCAUGUAAACUAAAUAGUGCAUAUUUUAGGUAGACUUAUGUGUUUGUUACAUAACACCAUGUACAUACAUUCUUUUUUUUUAUUCACGGUAGAAAGCGUAAAGUGUUAUUAGUAUUAUGUUGCUGAAUUCACAGAAUAAUGUGUACUUGAAAGAUGCAUUUCAUAUAAAUAAUAAAAUGUAUUUUCAUUGCUUUAA